AUGUCCCAUUCCACACGGUGGGAAUACUCCAAUGGCACCGGCUCCCACACCAUCCUGUGGCACGAUGGGGGCUCCCACACCCCGGCCAUCCACGCGCCCUACGUGGGACGAGCUGUUUUCCACCCAUCCAACGGAUCUCUGACGCUGGAGGAUGUCCAGGAAAGCGACAGUGGCAUCUACAGGGUGACUGUCAGCGGAGGAGACAGAGAGAGCCUGGAAAUCCUGCUGGAAGUCCUCAAGCCCGUGUCCCGCCCUCAGCUCUGGAGCAGCUCUCUCGUGGCUCAGGCCACUGGUGAGGUGGUCUGUGAGGUGGCAGAGGGCAGAGUGGACACCAUCACCUGGAAGAAGGAUGGGCAGCCCCUUUCCCCAGACAGGGGUUUCCACACCUCCAACAGCCGCAGCAUUUUGUACCUGAGGCCGGCAAAGAAGUCUGACUGUGGCUCCUACUCCUGCAACGCCAGCAACGGGAUAAGCUGGCAAGAAACCUCUCUGAACAUCACCAUUGCAGGUCUCUCCCGUCCCUUGAAGGACACCCUGAGGGUUGCAGUGGUCGCCGUGGUCUUCGCCGUCAUCUCAGCGUGCGGAUUAAUCAUCCCCGCCUGCCAGUCUCAAAAGCUCAGGAUAAGGGGGGAGCUGUGGAGGUGGCUCAGUGCCUACACCUCUGGGCUGGUGUGCGUCGCCUGCAUCCUGGACUGCACCGCCGGGAUCCUCUGGAUGAGGGAGGAAGGCCCUUCUGUUGCCAUCCUACUGCCUGAGAUCAUCCUGACCUACUUCACCGUGCUGACCUUCCUGGUCUCCUCCGUCGUGAUCUUCCAGCCCAUGAUUUUCAUCCAACUGAAGAGCAAAUCAGCUCAGCGCACGAUGGGCUAUGCGGCUCCGGGGGCUGCGGUCGUGGCGGUUGUGAUGGCCUCCUUCCUCAUCAAGAACAUCUACCAGCGCCACGGAGAAGGAUGUGCUGCCUUCGUGGACGUGACCACCCUGGUGCUCAGCACAGCGGCCGUGUCGGCCCUCCCGCUCCUCACCAUCUUCCUCUGCUAUCACACGACGCAGGGGAGGCAGGAGGAACCUGACGUCUGUUGGAUAGACAAGGCGAGGGCCUUCGAAAUGUCUCAGCCUGGCACCGUGGACACCACUCCCAGCUGACAGAGAUCUUCCUGGCUGUUCCUCACCUGG